GACGCGUGGUGCAGAAACGAUGGGGUGCGACUCCCCUGCGAUGGCGUCAUCGCCCCUGACAGUUUGAAACCGAGGCUUUCACAUGCACGUCUCCAGCCACCCAUAUAUACAUCUUCGCAGAGCUUUAUUCGAUCGACGAGGUGACAACAAUCGCGCCCGGAGUCGUCCUGCAUCGGCGGAGGAUGCGAUCGUCACGUUGAAAACCACUUCGUCCAUGUCGGUUGCCAAUAACAGACCACAGUGCCGAUCAUGGAAGAUUCCUUAUCGAUGUGUGGUUCACGUGAUCAUGCGUCGAAUGAUCCCCAAACACGCUCACCAGCAGCUAGGCAACACCACACGCGACAAUCGAAGCCGCGACCCUCACUAUCUGAAGUCUUCAUUGCUCAUCGUACUACGCGUCCAGACCAAGCAACCUCAAAGACGUUGCCAUCUUGUUCGAGGAGCAAACUACCUAGGUGUUGUAGCCUUCUAAGAUGUAAACGCUCACUUUUCUUCUGGUACAGGGUUUCGCUACCACCAGAAACCCGAUCGAUGAGCCACCUCGUCAUUUCUGAGGUUGUGCCUAACUCUGACAGCAGUCUGCAUAACAAUCACGAACUUCACGUUGCGUGUGCCCCGACACCCUCGCGUACUCCUCAUGCUCAUCAAACUAUUUGCACUAUGGCGACGUCCCACGUAAAGAAUCCGGUACGGUCGGCGAGAGCGCUCAAGCGAUUUCGUGGAAUUGGGACGAUACAGAACCUCAUACGAAAAGGACCAAUAUCACAGUCAACCAGGAAGUACGCCGUUCUGUCUGUGAAGGACUUCUCGAAAAGAUCACAGCGCAAGAAAUUCGAGACCAGAUAUACGGAUACCUUCUGGAACCGGGUACUGUAACGCUGCGUGAGCCCUUGGAUAGCCUGAAAUACGUGUGGCGAUGACCAUAGAUGUGUGGGUAACCGCCCUCAAGCCUGUACAUCUUCGCGAAGCCGCGACCGUUGGAGCUUCGAUUUGCUUCGCAAGCAGUCUGACUUACCGGAAAUCUGGCUUUGCGAGAAUGUC